UUUUGUGAUGAUCAAACUUAGCUCUAGAUCUCUAGCUAUAUGCUAUGAGAGACACUCUUUGUUAUGUUCUGACCCGUUGUCUUACCGGAAUGCAAUACUUUUCUUUUGCUUAGCCCACCUCACUCGACUAAUCAAUGGACUGCAGCAUCUGGAUAUCAUUCAGCGAUGCUCGACAGACCUCAUUGAAGACUCCACUCAGGAUCGCAAAGAAUACCUCGAGGAGCUAGAGGAAGCCGGAAAAAGCCCAAGACAUGGUGAUACAAACUGGCUCGAGAAGCUCUCGAAGCACACCUUAUCGCAGCGAAGGAACAACGCGUAUGUGAUAAUACAGGCCGAGCUAGCGUGUGAGAAGUUGAAAGAGCAUGCAGCUAUUAAAGAAGUGGAUGGUGUCAAGAUCUGGAAUGGUGUAUCUACCGACAAACUGCCUGACAUUGCAGAACAACCCAAUGGACAAACUGAGCCAGCCGAUGCACACGUACUUGAGCGGGACUUCACCAUCCCAGGAACGCCAAGCAAGCUAAAUUGCCCGUUCGCAAAAGUCCGAACUCCCAGCAACCUUCGACGUUCCUUUACAAGCCGGAGAAGCUCCGUGUCAAAGGUCAACUCGAGCUCGAACACUCGACAUUCGAGAACAUCGUCUUUCCGUGACCCCAUACAGGCAGAAAUAUGUGGCAGAGAUUCCAUGGCAGGGAAGACCCCCGAAGUGAAUGUGGAGGAGGCUACCACGGCUGUCUGUCCGAUUCGCUUCCUGGACCAGCAUAAACCAGAAGAGGUCGCGAGCUAUUUUGAAAAGCACAAACAUGAGAUUCCAAGGUCACACGAAGUGUGUAUCAAGCGAUUCCAGAGUAACGCGGACCAGAUCCGACAGCUCGACAAUAAGUAUGGGAAUCUCGUGUCCAUGAUCCAAGGUCUUGGGCAGAAGCACCAGCCACUCCUACCUCUGAAUCUUGUCGAAGACGAGGAAGACCCCGAUGUUGAUCCGGAGGAUAGAGACGUCUCCAAGAUACAAAAGUGGGCGAAUACUGUCAAUAACAGCAUGGAGAAUGGCGAGGCUGUCCUACCGAACGGUAUUCAGGAGGAGGAAACAGCCGAUUUGGAUGAGGAUAGGGAGUCCCGUUUUGAUCGACCCAUGAAGGAAGUUCGUGUCGGCGAAUCGCCGUCGAGACCAUGGGGUAUUCAAGUUCCUCUCAAGUACUCGCGGGCAGGAAGCGUCAUUUCAAACGCAUCACCAGCUACAGCCUCACCGCAGUUGGAACAGAUGCCCCCACCCACCAUGCCCGCCGGCAAGUGUCCCUUUGAUCAUACCAAGAUGCAGUUGCCAGGUUUGCAACCUCCACACGCAAUUAAGUCGGAGCAACCUGGAACUGAUAUUGCUGAUGCCAAAUCGACCGAACCGCAACGAGCCGUCCAUCACAACGACGAAUUGUUACCUCCGCCUCAACCAUACCCAGUUCAAGCGGAUCCAGCCAAAUGUCCAGCACCAGCCAUGAAACAUGAUGCACAGGUUGUGCGCCCAACUAACACACCACAGAUGGUGUUUUCUGGGCCAGUAUUCAUUGGAUACUCUCCUGACCAGAUCAAAGAACUAUUUGGAGGAAACCUCGCAAAUAUGUUCAACAAGUCUUGAGUCUAAAAUUUUCUGUAAGGCGUUCUAUACCAUACUUGUGUGUGUUUUGCUCUGCGCCGAUGCAACGGCAUGUGCACACGAGGCCUUUCGCAAAGCGUGAGCAUAGUUCAGAUGGCUCAAAGAUUUCCUCCGGUCUAUGUAGUCAUACUAAUACGUAUCAUAUAUAUACACACGUUUAUAUUAGUAAAACGCGCUUG